CAUAUUUUAGCAUUCGCUCAGCCAUUGGCUAUGGCUGAGGCCGUGUUUCAGGCUCCUAAACGUCGGGCAAAAAUUUAUGAAUCAUAUGAGGCACCGCUUCCUGUUCCAUUCCUAAAAGAGCAGACCUCUUUGCAUCAGGGCAGACCUGUUUUCAAAGCAGAGCUUGUUAACCAAUAUGUUAUAGUCAGAGACCCCUACGACAUACAAGCUCUAUAUGGAAAGGGAUACUUUGGCAAAGGAGUUUUAUCAAGAAGCAGACCAAACCACAGUAUCUCUGAGAGAUGGGAAAAAAUUGGUGGGCAGUACUUACCUGUGAUUCCAUUGUCAAAGUAUCAGGAGCACGUGAGCUGGGCCCGCUCUGCGCUCCUAGCCCAGGGACUGGAGAAGGAGGCGGUGGAUCAUGCGCUUCAGAACCUCACUCAUCCAGUCGAACUGGAUUUUGACACCGCUAUGGAGGACGAGGAGGAACAUGACGAAGACCAAGUCAACUCUCACCAAAAACAAAGGUUGAGAUCACCUCGGGGCUCAGCGUCGGAUGGCUUAUGCCUCGACCAGUCUAUGGAUGAUGAGUAUGGAGACCGAGAUGGCAGUGAUGGGGGACUGGACAUUGACUGCGUUAAGGCUGAAGAAGUUCGGCGACAGGGAGAUCCACGCUAUGAUCCUCUAGCUGAGCUUUAUCCCCAGGAACCUGAGAAGGUGGAUGAGAGUGCCCUGGGCAAGGUUAAAUGCAAAAGGCACGAUGAUUGGAUACUUCACUGUGGUUGUCGACUUGAUGAAUCUCAAAUGAUAACUGUCAUGCCAAAAAAGACUGGACCAGAGGAACGUGACCAAUCAGUGGGUCAUGAGUACGUCCUGGUUGAGGAGUAUGGCGAGGAGGACAAUGGAGAGUCAGAACAGAACAACUUCACUAAUACUGACAGAAUGGGACACCUGGUUUGCAGAAUCAACCCCUUUAGAAUGCUGGAAUACCUACAGCUGAGUUUAGAAGAAGCUUUCUUCUUGGUGUAUGCUCUAGGAUGCUUGUCAAUUCACCACAGUGGGGAGCCGUUGUUUAUUUCUGAAGUGUGGAAACUUUUUUGCUCAGUGCAGGCUAACUUUGAGAGUACCUACGUGGUGUACCACUACUUCCGCAGUAAAGGAUGGGUGCCAAAGUCUGGAAUAAAAUAUGGGACUGACUUCAUUCUGUACCGCAAGGGACCACCAUUUUAUCACGCAAGUUAUUCAGUGGUGGUGGAGCGUGUGGAUGACUCUUUGCGUGGAGCUCUGCUGCGGCCUUUUAGCUGGCGAUCGCUCGCUGCACUUUGCAGAAUCACUGGUAAUGUGUCAAAGGAGCUGAUGCUGUGUUAUGUGAUUGUGCCAUCAGAUAUGACCACAGAGGCCAUGUCCUCUCCUGAGUGCCUGAAGAGGAUCAAAGUUCAGGAACUUAUCAUGAGCAGAUGGAUAUCCUCAAGGGAGCGUUCUGAACAGGAUGAAAUCUAAGGAAAUAUUUGCAUUUCCC